CUCAUUUUUAUACGAAAUGUCAUUGACACAUGAUUGUUUUUUAUGGUAAUAUUAUGGGGUUUGUAAAUACUGUUUAUUUAUUUACUUUGUCCCUUUUAAUUGUGCACCUGUUUAAAUAUAUUACUAAUUUACUUUUUUCUUUAUUACGAGCCAUAGCCUCGUACAUGUUUUUCUUAUUCGUGAUGGCACACGAACGAAAACAAAGCAUUAUUGCCAACUUUAUGAAAUACAGUUCUGUGCUAGGAGAUAAUCACGUUAUACGAUUUUAUUAUAUUUAAAAGAAAAGUGAAGACAAAUAUAUUAUUGUUUCCAUAAUGCCGGAAGAAAUUUCUAGCAUUUUUAAUUCCUUCCAGGAUUAUCUGAAUAGCGAGUCAGAACUUCGUGAGGAGAUUCGUGAUAUUGUAAAAGAUAUCGAAAAGAGUGCCAGGGACAUAUUAAUGAUCCUACAAAAUAUUCAUAAUGAAAAUACCAUCGAAGAGAACAUAAUUGUCUCCCAAUAUUGUAAAAAGGCAAGAGAAUUAUUUGGUGAUGUACGCCAGCAUUAUGGGAAGCUUGCUACUGUAGUAACACCAGAUCAAUAUUAUCGCUUUCAUGAUCAAUGGCGAUUUGUCACUCAAAGACUAUGUUUUCUUGCAUCUCUCAUGAUUUAUCUAGAGAUGAAGAUUCUAGUGAGCAAACAAACGGUUGCGGAAAUAUUGGGUGUUCAAAACAGUCGGGAAGAUGGUUUUCAUCUGGAUCUUGAAGAUUUCCUAAUGGGUCUACUUCAGCUUUCCACUGAGUUGUGCCGUUUUGCAGUAAAUAGUGUGACAAACGGAGACUACAAUCGUCCUAUAGAAAUAUCAAGAUUUGUGAACGAAUUGAAUGCAGGCUUUCGUUUACUGCAUCUGAAGAAUGAUAUGCUGCGCAAGCGCUUUGAUGCUCUUAAGUAUGAUGUGAAAAAAAUUGAAGAAGUGGUUUAUGAUCUGAGUAUUCGAGGAUUAAAACCCUCUGUGGCUCCAGCCGAACAAGAGGCUGAAUAGAAAAAAUACCAAAGGUUGGAUUUAUGCAUCUUUUCUAUUUUUUCUCACUGAUAUUUGGUAUGCUUGAUAUCGGUAACACAGAUAAGGCUGAAGCUUUACGCUUAGAUUUAUUAAUUACGCAAGCCACACAAAGUCAAAGUCGAAGUGUUGAAAAAAAGUUAUUGGUCCAUAUAUAUAGUUUUUUUUUUAAUAGUUAUAUGCGUAACAAUUUGCACUUGAGUAUGGAAUAUUUUGAUAAACAAUAUGGUUUAGAUUAAAAGUGUGAGGUUAUUAUGGUAAUGAUAAAUGUUCUAAAAUUAUAUUCAAUGAAAAUCUUUUUUUUACAUAUAACAUACGUAUAGAAUUUGUACGCUAAAAAUUUGAGUACAUUAAUAAACAUGUAUUACAGUGUC